UUUUUGAGUUUUAGUGAUUCGAAUUCUGCUCUGGAGGCGAAGCGAGCGCCCCCUGUCGGACCGGAGGACAUGCACAGUACUGCAGUCAGAGGUCCGGCUUCAGCUGUUCUCAGUCAUUGAGCAGCUCAGCUCCAUCAUGGCGAUGCACGCCAAAGCGACUCCACCGCAGAUCCCCGACACCCGCCGCGAGCUCUCCGAGCUGGUCAAGAGAAAACAAGAGCUUGCGGAGACUCUGGUGAAUCUAGAAAGACAGAUUUAUGCAUUUGAAGGCAGUUACCUGGAGGACACUCAGAUGUAUGGUAACAUCAUUCGAGGAUGGGACCGAUAUCUAACUAAUCAAAAGAAUUCAAACAGCAAGACUGAUCGGAGGAAUAGGAAAUUCAAGGAAGCAGAACGACUUUUCAGCAAGUCCUCCGUCACAUCAGUGGCGGCUGUUUGUGCUCUUGGAGGAAUUCCUGAUCAUAUGAAUGAAAAACGCGAACCAGGCAGCGGAACAGAGAGCGACACAUCCCCAGAUCUCCAAAACCAGGAAAAUGAACCCAGUCAGGAAGACACAGAGGAGGCAGAUGGAGCCCUGCAAGACCUGAAACCCCAGAAAGCUGCUUCGUCUUCCACAGGAAGCCACCACAGCAGCCACAAGAAACGCAAGAACAAGAACAGACACAGCCCUUCUGGCAUGUUUGAUUAUGACUUUGAAUUUGACAUGAAGAUGAACAAGAAACCCAGAGCAGAUUACUCGGCCUAAUAGAACCGGAUAAUAUUCAUGCAAACCAAACCUCUUCAUACUGCUCCAGUUUUCUCCGGUCUAGAUCGUCUGGAUCUUACACUGCAUUUCUCCAUGUUUGUGUUUGCUUCUUUCUAGACUGUAGUGAAGCUCUCAUGUGAUUUUUAUUCUCUGAUGGAUUCAGAUCCACCUGUUAUUGCAUGAUAUGUACUGCAGACAUGAGGUUCCAAUUCUGCUCAUAAUGAUGGAAUCUUUUUUAUUUAUGGUGAUACAUGGAUUAUGUAUCAGUGGAUCCAAACCUUUCCCUCAUGCUUUUGGAUAUCCCUCACUUUUGUUUUGUAAAACUCGUGUAGCUAAUGUAAAAAGUUGGUCAUGUCUUUACUUUUUGUUUUAUACCAUCUUGUUUUGAAUAAAACUGAAAAAGACAAUGA